GGACGGACGGACGGACGGGGACGGGGGGCGGCGCCGGCUGGCGGGGCGAGGGCGCCGGCUGCGGCGGGCGCGGGGCUGCCACCCCGCGGGCAGGCACGGCGGCGGCGGAUGGCGGCAAGACAAGAGGAGAGGCGUGAACCCCCCCCUCCCCUGGCCAGGUAGGAUCCCCGCUCCGCAGAGUUUGUUACGGCGUUAGGUGCUGCCUCCCGGCUGAGGUCGAGCUGCAAAAAAUGUGAUUUACGAACCCUGCCGACAUCCAUCACCCGAGCGCUUUGUUCCGACAUGCCGUCCGGUGGAGGGACUUCUUCGGAAACAGCUCUCUGCCUCUUCUGAAAUGUGCAUACGCUUAAGAUGUGUGCCACAGGCUGUGAGCUGGGGAGGCAUUAAGGAUUGCACCAAUGCUUUAAAACUUUGACUUCAUGGAGAAGUGCUUCACAGCAUUACUUAGCAUUCGAACCAGCCAAGAUCUUCUUGUUGGGAUGGAUUUUCUUCUUUUUCCUUAGCACACUGUUUGCCUGGAGGUACUGAAAGGUUCAGGCCGGAGGUUCUCCUCAGCUCUCCCUAGCUGCUGCCCGCCAUUGCCCUGAGGAGAAGUGUCGGGAAGGCGGGCACUGCCCUGAGGAGAAGUAUUUGGAAGACGGGCGCUGCCCCUUGCCUGCGGGGCGCCGGGGUGAGGCUCCUUGCGAGGGCCGCUGUGCCUCCCUGUGCCGGCCGCCAUGGAGACCCUGUCCCAGGACUCUCUGCUGGAGUGCCAGAUUUGUUUCAACUACUACAGCCCCCGCCGGCGGCCCAAGCUUCUGGACUGCAAGCACACUUGCUGCUCGGUGUGCCUGCAGCAGAUGAGGACCAGCCAGAAGGACCUGCGGUGCCCCUGGUGCCGCGGGAUCACCAAGCUGCCACCGGGGUACUCUGUGUCGCAGCUGCCCGAUGACCCCGAGGUGAUCGCCGUCAUUGCCAUCCCCCACACCUCGGAGCACACCCCGGUCUUCAUCAAACUCCCCAGCAAUGGGUGCUACAUGCUCCCCUUGCCCCUCUCCAAGGAGAGGGCGCUUCUACCGGGAGACAUCGGCUGCCGCCUCCUGCCCGGCAGCCAGCAGAAGUCCCUGGCGGUGGUGACGAUCCCGGCGGAGCAGCAGCCGCUGCAGGGCGGCCUCCCCGCCGAGGGGGGAGCGGAGGAGCCGGACCGGAGAGGCGUUGUGAAAAGCUCCACCUGGUCGGGGGUUUGCACUGUGAUCCUGGUGGCCUGCGUCCUGGUCUUUCUCCUGGGCAUUGUCCUCCACAACAUGUCGUGCAUUUCCAAGCGCUUCACGGUGAUCUCCUGCGGCUGAGGCGGGGAGGGGUGUGUGUGCUCCCUCGGGGGGUUGGGUCGGGUCGGUGGUGGUGGUGGUGGGGUCGAGGGAGACAAUUCGCCGCAGCUUUGCCCAAUGACUGCAGAACGCUGUGCACGGGGGCAGCGGCGCACCGGCCGGCCAUGGGCCCCGCUGGGGUGGCAUCAGGCCGCUUGGCAGCGUGCGGAGAAAAUCACGUCCCGUGUCUGGCGGCAGUGGCACCGAGGAGGACUGCAUGCGUCACCAUAAUCAUUUAUCAAAGGGACUGCAACUUACAGUGAUUUUUUUUAUCGUGUUACGAGAUUUAAGACAUCUAUGUAGCUGGUUAUACUGUGAAGUAUAUGGUAUGAGCUCUUCUCUAAACACAGUAGAUUAAAAUCAAAACUGCUCCAUGUAGAAUUAAAAGGAGAAUUGGUGCGCGACUCUGUACAAGGUGUUCAAUACCGGUCCACACAUGCAUUAUUUUUUAAUGCGGGGAGGGAGACAGACUUGUAAAACCAAGAAAUCAUUUAGCUGCUAAGGCAUUUUGUAUGUUUUAAACUGCACAGUAAUUAAACCAAGUUAGGAAGUUGUACAGUAGUUUUUAAAAGGAAGCAUUUUACAAGCAAUUCAUUUUGUUCCGUGGCGUGUGUUUUUUGCCUCUCUGUUUUUCCCCAUUUUUUUCAGCUACAGGGAAGUGGCACUUCCAGCAUCUUUUAUUUGAAGGAGCUUCUGAGCAGGGAAGCAAAGUGGGCUGGGAGGAAUACCUGAAAAUGCAGCCAAACACUUCUGCCUAACGGCCUUCAUGCAAAGGAUGGCUUUGAACAGCAAACACUGGACAUGCUGUUUUACCUCUGAUCUGGCAGCAGGGCUUUCUGAUGACCUGGCCUUUAUAGUCAUCAGUGAAGAAAUGGGUCAUGAGAGGUCCUAGGACUCCUUCCUGCAAGGAUGUGAUAGAAAAUUGUUCUUUAUCUUUUUCUAGAGGUUGGGUUUUCUUGAUUGUUUUUAAAGAAUUUAGACCUAUUUUGCCCCCCUCUUUCCUGGGGGAUGCCACUGUGCAUCCAUGAAUGGUGUAACGCAGAAGUUGCUCUAAGGAAGCCUCACCAUCCCAACUGAGACCAAGGACCCUUAUGUGCAAUCAUCUAGUAAGAGGCAGUGACAUAGCUGGGAGGAGAACCGAGGCCAACCUAACCCUCUAGUGGGUGGGCUACCCCUCCUAAACCACUGUGGCUGUCCUCGUAUCAAAAUGUCUGUCUGACCAUAAUGGAGCCUUUUCCCACAUUCCAGCCUUAUAAAUGUUGGUGUUUGUAAGGACAGAUUGGAGAAAAACACAGCUGGUGUCUCCCUCCACCUGAGUGUCAUGAACCCCAGUCAUUUGCAGUUCCCUUCUUGGAAAGAGCCCAAUUCCUCAGCCUUUACUGCAGUAGCGCCUUGCUCUAGGCAGUCCCACUGGCUUUAGUAGUGCUGCUCGUAAGUAAAAUAGAGCUCAGUGUGAAUUUGGGUAUUUGGCAAGUCUGAAAGCUGAAAUUUGUGUGAGAUUUAGGGAUUGGAUCAAGGGGCACAUGACAGACCUUUAAUAAGACAGAAAAAGCUAUUGAUUUGCACGGGUUCUUUUUGCAAGUACAAAGCGUAACCUCCUUGAAGCGUGACCUCCGCUUGUCAUCUUACCUGCUGCCCUUUCUAAUAAUUUACUGGAGAUUGCUCAAUGCCAUAUAACACCGGAGAACAUAAAUUUUGACUAUGCAGUGCCCAAAUUGGCCCUGUAGACGUCGAUGGUUUGCUGGUUAUGUCACAAAAUCCAGUUGCUGGUUCACAAUAAACAUUCUCAGCUAGGACUUCUGUUAGGAACAUACCUCUAACUUCAUGCUGGAUUUCUUCCUAGCCCUGUUCCCAAACCACUGUUUUCUUCCUUGAUUCCUGUUAACUAAAGAAUAGCAUAUAAGGUGCUUAAUUGUUACUGGGUCAUGUACGGAGAGGAACCAUUGUGCUGAUUUUUAUCUACUGUCAUAUGUAUGCAUAGCACAGCAAAAAAAAUAAUAAAAAAAUUUCCUCAGAUAACACAUUCAAUGCCUUUUUCGUGCAAGGCCCAUGUGCAGUAUGCCUUGAACCUGACUUAAGAGUAUUGUAAUUACAUGCACACCUCUCCGCAGCAUGUUUAAUUUGGUUGCAGUAGGGAACAGCAGGUAUUCCAAAACGUUGUCUUGUGAACGUCCAAGUCUCUUGUUGCCGGUAGGUAACCAUAUUUCUCCUGCUAUCUGCGCUAUGCUGCUUCUUGUGUAAAGGAAAGCCAGUUCACAAAAAAAACCCCUUGCCUUUAUAAGACUCUUGAGGAAGUGACCAGAUACAGGACUCGACCCUCUACUGCCUUAUCCCCUGUAGCGAUUGCUGAGUGUACCGGGGGCGUAGAGCAUAGCUGGAAGAUGCUUUGAGGACAAGGCACUGGUGGAUUUUGCACCAACUUCUGCGUUUGUUUAUCUGAGUUGUCGAUGACUGCACAAAAUCCCCAGGCAGUCAAAGAGCAGGUCCUGGAGAUCCAGUGCUGAUAACAUUAACCUCCCCCUGCCUGUACCUGCCCGACCGAAGCUCUUGAGGUUUCUCUGGUGUUGGCAGAGAACAGCUGUCUUGAAAACCACCCCUCAUUGGCCCUACACGGAGGGCACAGUACAGAAGUGAAAUCAGAAAUUAGGUUAAAAUACCACACUGCAUAACGCAUUAUGCAACAGGCAGACCUGGAGUUUAUCCGGUAUUAAUGACGUAAGUAUUAUAUUAGCGGAAUACCAUCCUGUAUUACGUAACACGGCACAUUGUUUCGUUAAUAUGAAUUUCCGUACUUUUCGUGCCUGCGGAAAUGCAUGUUUGACCUAAUUUCUGAUCCAGACAUUUGCCUGCUCACAGCCUUGUGUAAGAGCAAUAAGUAAAACCUCAAGAUUUUGUUCUGCGUGCGCGUGUGGUGCAUACGUUCGUUCCUUUCUUAUAAAUAGGAGUUCUGGAGAUGUUUUUGUUCUGGCUUUAGACUGUGACUAUCAUUUUAAAUUUGCAGCUGCCAUAUCAAGUCGGAUCACCUAGCUUUUUUGCUGACUUGUGUAGAAGUGAACUAAAUAGUUUGUUGUAAUGUACAGUGUUAAAAUGUUUCUCAAGUACGCUGAUAGUCAUACUACUUUAAAAAUGCAGUGCAGUCUGUCCCGUUCCUUGGUCCAAUACCUGGCAUUAACAAGUGAAGCUGCUAUAUACACCUCUAAAUUUUUUUUUUAUUAUUUAAUUUUUUAAAAAACAGCCUCGUCUUUGUGUUUUUUCUCUGUGGAGAAACAGAUGAUGACUUGUGUCAAAAUCAUCAGGUUCUUGUCUAGUUUUUGUUCUCUGGUGUCCAGUAAGAAAUCACUGCCCAGUUCCACCAAAAAAAAAAAAGAAGGAAACUUAUUGUGACUCUAGUACUGUUUGGGCAACCAAAAUUUACACUAAAACUUGUGGGUAAUUACUCAAGCACCUGCAUUUUUAGAACAAAUUACUCUGUAUGAAUGUGUAUUUAUUUGCUUGUUUAAUGGGAAGGAUGUAUGCAUUGGGGUCCAGCUUUGUUUUUUUCCUGGAGGGUCCCAACUUCCAUUUUUGGCUUGUGCUUUCCUGGCAAACAGGCUUUAGGGUUCACUCUGUGAAAUUUUGUUUAGUGAAUUUCAAAAAAUUCAAAAUAUGCAAUUUUGGUAUGCGGGUUUUUUUUAGGGAGUUGUGUGUUCGGUGAUUGUUCAUGCUUAACCAAGAUGUAAAGGAGCCUGGAUGUUUUGUAAACAUGGAGCAAUCAUGAGUCCGAAGUUUCAUCUUUAUCAAUGAAGCUCAGUCUGAAUAAAACAUUAGCAGGAAAAGAAUGAUAUCAAGUGAAUUAUGGUACCUCUGUUACUUUACCAUCAAAUGAAGAGCGUGGAAGGAAGUUUGGCAGAAUUGCUCUGCAUUUUAGGAGGGGGUGGCUGAAAUUUGUCUCUCUGCAUUUUAAGGCAAAGUGUUAAGUGUGGGUUGUGGUAAAGAGUAAAAGGUUUUUUAUGUUUUAAUUACCUUGGAUGCAGAAUUAUAGCUGAUGACUAGAGCCAUACAACAGAUUUUUUUUUUCUUUUUUCUGUUUUAAUCAGAUGACUUAAAAGUUUUAAGUGAAGUUUUUGCUUAUGGAAGUGAGGGAUUAUUGGCCUUGACUUAAGCAUGGAUAGUACAGACUCGCACGCCGGCUCCCUCAUCCCCUCAAGCCUGCCUUACCACUCACGUUAUUGUUGCUGGAGCCCUGGGCAGCCAACCUUUCCGAUACUGCAGAUGCGUUUCUGGAGCAGAGAGGGCUGAUGUUGCACUGGUUUUAUAACAUUCACAACAGGGAUAAACCAAAACCAAACGAUUCAUACAUGAUUUGAGGUCUUCUGUAGGUGUCCUGCUAUCAAAAGCUCUUGGCGCUGUGUAAGCUGCUCCAAGCCUCUGUGUUCCCUGGAUCUUCUCAGAGCAAUGGCACGUAGUGGAGGAUGUUGCCUCCUCCCAGUCAGAGAGAGGGGCCGUACUCACCGUCCACAGGUAACAGCCCCCCUCCUCCCCAGGAACAACAAGACACUUGGGUGGGUACUGCAGGAGACAUUCACGUGUCAAGUGAACAUCUCUGAAGUAAACGUUGGUGUCGAAAUGUUCCUUAUCCUUGUUGCACAGAAAAUGUGCCUUGAGAUUUGUUUUUUCCAGACAUUUUCUGUGGGUGGAUGGAGCCGGCGCAGGGAGGGAAGGAAGGAGAAGGUACAUGGCAGCAAAUGAGUCCUGGCAUCAUCUGGGAGGCUGUUGGAGGAUCUGCUGGCCCCGAAGGCAAAGGUUUUCAUGCAAGAGCUUCAGCAGGGCAAGAUUAUCUGGAAAUGCUGCAACGGAUUUACAGCAUGUUCGUGACCUUUCUGGUGCGGUACACUGUCCAUAGGCCUGACAGCUGGGGCUGUUGUGUUCUUUCUCUUUGUCACUUUACCUCUUGCAUGCUCGUGUCAACAAGCAAAGCUGCUUGCUUCAUCCUCAAGUUGAGCAAUUAUACAGACAUUUCUUAAGUUGCCCUGAGCAUCUCUAAUGAGAAAAAUUACCUUCCAAGUUCAGUGAAAUUUAGUACUUAAUAAACGUUCAGAAAAUGUGUUUUUUCAAGCAUUUCCUUAUGCUUCAAUACAUUUUUAUUUUAGUUCUAAACAAUUCCUGUAAUUUUUGUGCUAAGCAUGGUCCUGAACAUCAGAGCCAAUUCUGAGGGACUAGGUAAGAUCUACAACCAGAAAAAACUAUUUCCUAUCCCCCCCUAUCCAUCCCACAGUUCCCUUCAGAUCUACACAAGUCUGUUUUCACUCUCCUCAUCUAUGUCACACUGAAGCACCGAAGCAUGGGGAUGGAAUGGGGACUCGGGGGCAUGCAUGGAGCCCCUAUACAUAGAUAGGAGCACAGGUUCGUAUUUCAAUGCACGGGGUUGGUAUGUCAACAGCACAUGCUCACAAGGAGCAGAGAGAGGCCAAGUGGAUUAGUAAAAGGGCCUCAAGGUCUUGUAUCUCAGGAAGGUCCUGUGCUUUAUGGUGCUGGAAUGAUGAGGUGGUGAGAUAGCUCAGUAGCACGAAGUCGUGGUAUCACUACCUGGAUUUCAUGUGAGAUGAGUUGCUGCCUCCCCUGUCCUGAUCUGUCUCCUGCAAAUGACCUACUGCUGGUGUGUGGGACUUGGCUGCUCCACAGGUGACAUCUCGUCUGGGCUUCAGGUGAGGAGCCACAUCAUUACUCUGUGCCUCCAGGCUGGGAUGUCCACCCAAAAGGGAACAGCCAGAUGGCCUGGGCUUUUAGUUUAUCAGGGGUCUGUAAGUUCAAGUGGAGGUCUUUUCGAAACGCAGCUGCAUUAAGCACUCCUGAAAGCUUGAAGGCAACACACAGACUUGGCCUGAACUGAUUUGAAAGAGAGAAGAAAGGGUGCAGAAAGAGAAGGACACCUGGAAAGGAGCAAAUGAUUAGGCAGUAGCCUGGAAAUUCAGAUCUGUAUGUGCAAAAACAUCUAGUGGGAAUGGUUUGCAGUGGCCUGCAUAUGUAAUUUCUGCCAAAUUGUACCUCGAGAAUGGCAGCAAAACUCCAGGUCUUGCUUUUCCUUGAACACCUUUGAGUUGGGAAGCUGCCUAUUUCAAAAGUGCAGUUUUCCACCUAACUGAAAAACUUGAUGGGUGUGCAGAAAUUUUUGAGGGUGCCAAAUCAUCACUGAAGCUCAGGAUUCGGACACAAGCUGAACAGGAAUUUAGUGGUAAGAAGCUGGGAUGAAAAAGCAAAGUCUUGAAUUCUUGGUGUGUGCAAAUGUGUCACAUUGCUUAAAAUAAAAACUUGUUUUGUUUGCAUAUGUAUUGACUGAACGUAUGAAAACGGGUGUCCAUCUUCCAGGACAAAUAAUGAAGUUGACAACAUUGGUAAUGCCAAACAGCUAAAGACAGGAUUUAUUGAAUCUAUAAGAUCUGAGAAGCUGAAAACAAAAGAAGUGUCUAUUUGGUACAGCUAUUGCACUCAAACAGUAAGAUUAGGUUAGGGGUUUGUAGCUUUCUGGCUUGUUUUUCAAGAUGGAGUAAAUAAAAGAAAUGAGAAAACUGAGUAGUUUCAGGCUGAAGGUUAUUUACUUGCCUAUCUUAAAAUUACAGGAAGAUGUGUGUGGAUCGUCACCGUGCUGAUCAGUUUUGGAAGCGCUGCCCUAUAGGUGCCAGCGUGCACUGACUUGGUCUGAAUUGUUGGGGUUUGCAUCUGCUUGAGAGAAAUCUGCAUCUACCUCACGAUCUGAAAAAAAAAUCUUCCCCUGCAAGAUGGUGUGAAUUCAGGUUGACAUUGUAAAGAGUGUGAUCUCACUUUGAAGUAUUUAAGAACGGUGGUGGAUCUUUCAAAGCAGCAUGCCCUGGGGUAGAUGCGCGUGGCUGACUACGAGCAUAAAAGGGAGCUCAGCUCCCAGGCAUGGCCAAUUUGCUGAUUGAACUGCAAAUGAAUAAUUUCUUGCUUAAAUUAUUUGGAAUAAUGGUCACAGAUGUUUCUCAAAGAUUUGCUUAGGGAAUGUAUUUAAAUAUUUGGGACAGGAUUCAGGAAAAUACGCUAACGGAGACAGCACUAAAGCAUUAAAUCUGAGGAAGAUGAAGGGAUUCGGUCACAGAUGAUUAAAUACUUUCUUGAAUAGAGACGGACUUUACACUUAGGUGUUUGUUUCUUGAUACUUGGCUAGUCUGCACAAUUCUUAAUGACCAUUUGAAGUAAUAAGCUUUGCUUUGGGGAAGGUUUAAUUUUGAAAUCUGGAAGCAUAUUGACUAGGAGAGGCUCAGUAAUACCCCAACGCAGCUGUUUUGAAGCACUUGAGUGUAGAAACCUGUAUUUCUAUAACUCCUGUUUUAAAUUGCUUAUCGUACAGAGCUGAGAAUUUUUUACUCACGGUGGAAAAAAGAAAAGCUUGCAGUUCAAACCCGCACCAAAACCCACCCUAGGAAUCCAGGGUAAUGAUGAUUUAAAAAACUCAGGAGAAAUAAAUUGAAUUCUAAUCGCUUCUUUCCUGCUGUGCUGAAAUGCUGAGGGAUUUGCUAAACCUACAGGUUGAUAAAACCGAAUCCCUGCUUAAUGAUUGUAUUUGCUAAACUGGCUAACCGCAAUGGAUACACAAGAGCGUUCUUUCUUUUCCUUUCUGACCUCCUCUGGUUUAGAGAAGACAAGAUUUGGACAGUUGUAGCUGGAUUGAACAGCGUGAUAAGAGUUGUAAAAUGUUACCAGCAAGGAGCGCGGCUUUGUGAUAAACAAAGACCUGCAACACCGCAUGUCUUUCGGCAGCCAUCCAGGCAGAACAAGCGCGCAGCAACUCCAGCAAACCCCUGGGAUCGAGAGAAAUGUUGUCAGGAGGAGUGGAUAAAUGAGGAUAUUUUUUAAUACCUUAGAUACCGUCUGCGUGUGUUAUUGCUGAUGCCUGGCAUCUUUGGGUUCGGGUUCUUUCUUUUGUCCUUUAUAACAAGAAGCUUAAAAAGCACUUUGUACUGCUUCCUUACCAGCCUGCUCCUUAUCUCCUGUUUCCUCUUCUUCAGCCCGGUGUUUGGCCAUCCUGUGUCCCUGCAGAUUUGCAAGGAGAAACUUACCUUUGUAUAUGUGGGCGACUGCAAAUUUCUACUGCGUUUUCAGUGAUGAAAAUGGUUAAAAAAUUCUCCACAGAAGCAGGAACAUCUCCAGGGCUCCAUACAGAUUCUUAUUUGCAAUACCUCUUUGUCUGCUGUUAUUAUCAUAGGUCCUCUUUAAAUAAGUAUUUUGGAUUAUUGUUUCUUUACUAUAAUCCUAAGAUUUUGGAAAAAAAGCAAUAGAAAAACAUGAGAAAACAACUCAGAUACUAGAAAUUAUUUGCACAAUAUGAUUUUUAAGAUAAGAUCAUUCAUUAACAGCUUUUUUUUUUGUUCUUGUUUUUUUUUGUUCAGUGUAUCAGUGACAUUAAUUUUGCGAUUCCACUUCCUUUGGUGGGGGAGGGAGAUAAGGAGGAAGAAAAUCCAUAUUCAAUGCUCAGAUUAGGUCUGCUGAGUUUUAAAAUGUAUGUAUGUGCUUCUGUUGUGUAAUACCUCAUAAACCUCCUAGCAGCUGAAAACUGCAACAGCACCAAAAUCUUAAUGAAAUGUCACGUGCUGCCUAUUAAGUUUCGAAAGCCUGCUGAAAUGUGCAGAGCCUGGACUUUCUGGAUGCGGAGCACACAGAGCACUAUACGAGGAAUUAGUUGUGACUGUCAGUUCUCCGAGAUCAAACUCAGAUCUUAUGCCUCGUUUAAAGCCGUUAGUGGACUUGGCCUCUGACGAUCUCUGUCGUAUGUCCUAUAGUUAGUGGCAGUCCUCAUUUUAUAGAUCUAAAGCAGCCAGCCUUUGAUAAGGAGAUACUUAACAAUUUUGAGGGCAAAUUACCCAUCUCCUUAAGAGAUUGUUAAAUCCUUGAUUGGGUCAGUGACCCAACUUUUGCCAAAGGAAGAUGGGACUUUGGUUAAAUUGUCCUGGCACAGUCUGCCCCUCCCACGCGUUUGCUCGGUGGCCCAAGGGGAGGAGGUGUCCCGGGGUGGGUGUGGAAACAUGGAUGUGACCCGCCACAAAUCUCUGUUGAAACGAUGGCCCUGCAAGGACACACUGAAUACUCUCCUUGCUGGAACGGUCCGACGUAACAUCUCUGGUUAGAGCAUGGGGGUCUUCUGGUUCCUGUGCUGUAGAUAUAACUUUUAAGGUUUAAAAUAAAUGCGAGAACCUUUCUGUAAGAUUCCUUCAGCUGUCUAAGUCGUCACAACCGUAGAGCUCUCCUGGCCACCCGGUAUCCUGCAAACUGGAGAACAUGUCCUUCAGGUGAGAAAGGUGGUCCCAAAGUAGGCUGCCUCGUGGCAGGGCGCUGUGUCUGUCACGGAGCUGAAGGUUAAUGUGCUGCUUAGAUGCUCUUUUGUGGUAGGCUCUGAACAGUCUUUCUCAUCCUUCCCCCUGCUCCCCCACUCUCAUUUUGCUUAUAAUAGUUUUGGAAAAACAAAAACAGGCAUGAGGAAAAAUAGAAAGAAAAGUAAAUCUGUUCUUCAUUCAGGCCACGUUUAUACCAUCUGUUCCGUAUCUAUUUAAACUCUGUCAAGAGAAAGCAGAGGUGCCCCUGAAUUUCAGCGGUGCUCCAAAUGAAUCCCCAUAGGCUUCCUGUUUUGGAGACUAAACCUUGCUGAGCAGAGGACCUCUGAGGGGAAAAACAUUUUUAAGUCCCAGGAGCCAGCAGACACGGUCGGUGGUUGCUGGAAAGCAAAGAGGGAGCAGCGGCAGCCCUCACAAGGAGGGGACCCCCCCAGCUGCACUCCCCGUGGUGGGAGAGCAGCGGGCUGGUGUGGCACGGGGACGCAGCGGGGAGGCCAGGACCGGCGCUGCACACGCGCUCGUAUUCUCGAGGGAAGCAGCUUGUCAGCUUCCCACCAUGUAUUUCGAGCUACUUGUAGUUGGUAUCAGUUUAGAUUACUUCAGCUACAGUAUCCCUAAUUGCUCCAAAGGCAUUACAAGUGAGCUGUCGUCUAAAGCAGACCUGAAAAACCCAUCCCACGGGGCCUGACUUUGCACUAUCCCUAUUAGCAAAGGUUUCUGUAUAACAGGAGAGAUAGGGAGGAGUAGGGAUGCUUGAUUGGUUUUUUGUUUUGGUUUGUUUUUUUUUCUUUCUUUUUUUUUGGUAAAGGCAAAUAAACUUUGACAGGUGUUAAAACAAAAAGGCAAAGGAAAAAUACUGAAUAAUCUUUAUGUCAGCAGAAGCAUCCUCAGCCCAGCUCUGAAGUGCGAGCUAGUUCCCUAUCUCAGUGCCAAUGUUGAAGACGAGUGUACGCACUCAUGCACUUAGCACAUUAAUUAAAACAAGAAAUGAAUGAAGGAAGGUUUGGCUCUUGUUUUAAGAAUCGAAGGCAGAAAGGCUUCCCUCUGCCAGGUAGUGCCAAUGCCCUCCUCCCUCCCCCUCUGGACUUUCAGGCUCAUUAAUAGCUGCACCAGAAGCUGGAAGGUUGAGUCUAGCCUCAGGCACGCCGGUAUUACAUGGCUCUCCUACAGCUCUAUCACCAUCUCUGCUCCUUGUUGUACACUCUGUUUUACAUGGUCCCUUGCCCUCCCUAGGCUCCCUCCCUACCCCUUGUUAAUUAUAUUCUAGCUAAACAAGCAGGCUGGCACUGCUCAGGGGCUGUGAACAAAAGUCCUCUACGUGUUUCGGAAGCAAGCACACAUAUGACUUGGUUUUAGAUGACUUCCCCCUUCUUUUCAUGUGAAGGGCUAAGCAGCCACUACCGAUACAUGAGCUGCUGAGCCACCGUGUCAAACCCUUGCCAAAUAUUGACUUUAUAAAGGUGAAAUCAGAGUGCUGUCAAUAAAUCUCAAUGUCUGGAGAAGCAUUCUUUGCUUGCUUUGUCUCUCCUAGAAGGUGUUUUAAUACGUGGUAUUUUUGUAGUCAAAUCUCUGGAGUCUUGUCCUUUGUAUAUGUGGAAGCGCUGAUUUUAUGAG